AUGCGGAGGCCGCGGUCGCAGGUGCUGCUGCAGGUGCUGCCGCAGGUGCUGCUGCAGGUGCUGCCGCAGGUGCUGCUGCAGGUGCAGCCCCACCCCGCCCGCGGCGGCCCCUGGGAGCCCACCUGGGAGUCCCUGGACGCCCGGGAGCUGCCGGCGUGGUUCGACCGGGCCAAGUUCGGCAUCUUCGUCCACUGGGGCGUGUACUCCGUGCCCGGUUUUGAGAGCGAGUGGUUCUGGUGGUAUUGGCAAAAGCAAAAGAUACCAGAGUUUGUAGACUUCAUGAAGAACAACUACCCUGCCGGUUUUAAAUAUGAAGAUUUUGCACCACAAUUCACCGCGAAAUUCUUCAACGCCCAGCAAUGGGCUGAUCUUUUCCAGGCUUCUGGUGCCAAAUACGUCGUCUUAACAUCCAAGCACCAUGAAGGCUUCACUUUGUGGGGUUCAGAGUAUUCGUGGAACUGGAACGCCGUGGACCAGGGCCCGAAGAGGGACGUCAUCAAGGAGCUUGAAGUGGCCAUCAGGAAUAGGACCUCCCUGCGUUUCGGACUCUACUAUUCCCUCUUCGAAUGGUUUCACCCCUUCUUCCUUGAGGACGAGCUCAGCUCGUUCCAAAAGCGCCGCUUUCCGGUUUCCAAGAUGCUGCCGGAGCUCCGUGAGUUAGUGACCAGGUACCAGCCGGAGAUCCUGUGGGCAGACGGCGACGGAGGGGCUCCGGACUGUUACUGGAACAGCACCGGCUUCUUAGCCUGGCUGUACAAUCAGAGCCCCGUUCGGGACACAGUGGUCACCAACGACCGCUGGGGCGCCGGCACCAUCUGCACACACGGCGGCUACUUCACGUGCAGGGAUCGCUAUAACCCGGGCCGUCUUCUGACACACAAGUGGGAGAACUGCAUGACCAUCGACAGGUUCUCCUGGGGGUACCGGAGGAACGCUGAGAUCCAGGACUACCUGACCACAGAAGAGCUGGUGAAGCAACUUGUAGUGACAGUCUCAUGUGGAGGGAAUCUUUUAUUGAAUGUUGGGCCCACACAGGAUGGUACCAUCUCUCCAAUAUUUGAGGAACGGUUAAGGCAGAUGGGUGCCUGGCUCCAGGUCAACGGUGAAGCCAUAUUUCACAGCAAACCCUGGAGAUCCCAGAACGACACUGUCAGCGCAGAUGUCUGGUACACUGCCAGACCCGAAGAAGGCUUGGUCUAUGCUGUGUUCCUUAACUGGCCCCUAUCAGGACGGCUGCUUCUUGGCCAACCUAAGGCUGCUGAAGGGGAAACUAAGGUCAGACUGCUAGGGUAUGCAGAGCCACUGAACUGGACUCCCUCGGCGCAGAGAGGACUUGUGGUAGAACUGCCAGCCCUCACCUUCCAGCAGCUGCCUUGUAAAUGGGGCUGGGCUGUAGCUCUAACCAAUGUGGUCUGAAUCGCAGGAAUGUGGUUAGAGCUGCACUUGUAUCUAAGACUCGAAAAUGUCAGGUCCCCCCCGCCGGAGGAUAGGGCGAAAGCAAAUGUCAAACUGGGUGAAGAAUGGUUCCGGUCACUCAGCCCCUUUCCCUCUGUCUCCGAGUUCUUCCCUAACUUGUCUUAGCCACGUGCCUGUCUAAAGCGCACACUUGACAUGAAGUCACCUCCAACUGAACCCCUCUCUCUCUCGGCGUCAUCUGAAGGUAGCGAGGAUGUGGCCGCACGCAGGGCUGAAGGGUGCCUUCCGGCCAGCACCACAUGGAAGCCCCUAGCCCCUGACACGACUGCCAUGACCUGCCAUGACAUGAAACCAACAGGGCCGGUGUGUUUCUAAGAUGGGGGAGAAACAUCACGGAUACACACGUACCGAGGGAAGAAAGACACCUCAGAACAGCGUGAAGGUGGGUGAACCGUGGUUCUGUGGGCUGCUGCAGUAGCUCCCUGUAGGGUCACUUGUGUGGCCCCGUUUCCAGCUCUGCCCACACUGCACUGAAGGAUGCUUCUUUCACUCUCUCUCUCUCUCUCUCUCUGCUUCUCUGCCUCCUCUUUCUCUAUAUUUAAAAAAAAAAAUGGAAACAAACCAUCAAAAAUAACCAGUUCUGCUGACACCUUCACCUUGGGCUUUUUGUGUGUAGAAACGUGAGAAGAUCAGCUCUCACUGUAAUAAACCAUAGACUUUGGCGUUUUGCUAUGGCAACCUUCACAGGCUAGUGCAGACGGAAUCAGACCAUAGACGGACUUGAUAUAUAUAUAUAUAUAUAUAUAUAUAUAUAUAUAUAUAUAUAUAUAUAUAUUGCUCAUAGUGAUUAUUACUUUACAGAAGUUCUUAUAGUAAACUAAAGAAUAGGUUAGCCUUUUUCUUGCUCUUGCUAAUGAAACUGAUACAUAUUUUCUGUAGAUGCUUGGAGACAUGGUGAAAGGUAAAACCACUGUUUGUCACAUACACACACACACACACACACACACACACACAGCAGGCCCAGGCUUCCUGGUUCAUCACACGCACACACACACACACACACACACACUCACACACACACACACACUCACACACACACACACAGCAGACCCACGCUUCCUGGUUCGUCACACACACACACACAAACACACACUCACACACACAGCAGGCCCACGCUUCCUGGUUCGUCACACACACACACACACACACACACACACUCACACACACACACUCACACACACACACAGCAGACCCACGCUUCCUGGUUCGUCACACACACACACACACACACACACACACACACACACACACACACACACACACAAACACACACUCACACACACAGCAGGCCCACGCUUCCUGGUUCGUCACACACACACACACACACACACACACACACACACACACACACACACACACAGCAGGCCCACGCUUCCUGGUUUGUCACACACACACACACACACACACACACACACACACACACACACACACAGCAGGCCCACGCUUCCUGGUUUGUCACACACACACACACACAUACACAACAGACCCACGCUUCCUGGUUCAUCACACACACACACACACACACACACACACACACACACAACCAGACCCACGCUUCCUGGUUCAUCACACACACACACACACACACACACACACACACACACACACACACACAUACACACAGCAGGCCCACGCUUCCUGGUCACACACACACAGCUCAAGGCGGUGCACUGUCCCUAGUGAGCUAGCUAUCUUAUUGGCCCUGCUCUUAGUGAUACCUUAGCACACACUUAGUACACACUUGUUUGGUGCCCAACCCCCCACCCCCCGGGCUGGAGAGAGAAAGUGGGAUUAGAGAUGUGGAUUUAGUUUUUGUGGCUGGAUUAACCGAUUGACUUGUUGUCUUCACCUUCAAGAAUAUUAAAGUUAUGGGAGUAUGGAUCGACCAGUCAACGCCCAUGUUCAGCGGGGAAGCAAUUACAGAAGCCAGACCUUCCACCUUCUGCAUCCCACAAUGACCCUGGAUCCAUGCUCCCAGAGGGAUAAAGAAUAGGAAAGCUGUCAGGGGAGGGGAUGGGAUACAGAGGGCUGGUGGUGGGAACUGUGUGGAGUUGUACCCCUCUUAUCCUAUGGUUUUGUUAAUUUCUCCUUUUUUAAAUAAAUAAAAAAAUUUAAAAAAGAAUAUUAAAGUUGAAGACCCAGCUGACAAUUGGGAGGUCUAAUCAGAUCUCUAAAAAUGAAGCAAAAUAAUAAUGGAAUGAAAGUACCAAUGAAUUUGAUGUAAACUUAAGAAAAUACUGAUUCAAAAACUCUUCCUCCUGAGGAAAGGUGUUUAAGUCUGGCCUGUCUCUUAUUUGAAGUGCUAUAGGAUUCAUUUUGUUAUAUAAAUCAAAUGCUCUGUUUAAAAGAUGCUUUGAAUGAGUGAAAUAAAACAAUUCAUAUUUAUUAAAAUUA